AUGCCUCAAAAAGACGCACACCUUCAAUUUGAGAAAUGGGCCCGCAAAUAUGGCCCCGUCUACAGUUUGAUGCUGGGAACAAAGACCAUGAUUGUUCUCUCUGGUGAUCAAGCUAUCAAGGAUUUAUUAGACAAGAAAAGUGCAGUUUACUCGGAUAGACCUGAGUUGUAUAUCGGCCAGACUUUGGCAAGUGGAGACCUGAGGUUUUUGAUGAUGGGUUAUGGAACCCAAUGGCGCGCAAUACGGAAAAUGAUGCACAAAAUUUUGAAUAUCUCCACGGCCCGAUCAUAUGUUCCAUACCAGAUGCUGGAGAAUAAACAGAUGCUAUAUCAAUUCCUCCAAGAGCCAGAUAACUUCUUGCAUCACAUACGCCGCUAUUCGAAUGCACUCACAACAACUAUGGUGUUUGGUUGGAGAUCACCGACCUAUGAGGAUGAAAAGAUGAAACAACAUUUUGCCGGCCUCUCUGAGUUUGCGGUUCUCAAUCAACAAGGGACGGCGGCCAUUUUGGACUACUUCCCCAUUCUGAGGCGACUUCCAGAGUUCAUGUUUCCCACGAAAAAGAAAGCGAAGGUCCUCCACCAACAAGAGAAAGCACUUUAUCUCUCUCACUAG